UGGUUGAAGAAGCAGCUAUUGUUUUUAAUUGUUUUACAAGGCUAAGUGAAGUUGAGCUAGCCACCGCGUGUGGGGGAUGGGUGAGGGAAAAGUGUGCAAACUUUAUAAGCACCGACCGAUUCAUCGCGGCGAGGCAGCCCCUCACCUCCCCCGCCUCUAUCCUCGCGGCGAGUGACUUCCACGAUUCCGUCUCUCUUCUUUCCCACUCAUAAAUAUAACCACUCUAACUGUGGAAUUUGUCGAAUACGUUGUCGAAAACAACUCUAACAAACAUUAGUUAAUAGCUCAUUGUGUGCUUUGACGAAUCCCUCCGACCGGGACUCCCUGCACUGUCUUCCCCAUCGCUUUCCUCGCCAUGCCGUUGGACUCGUCCUUCUGUGUCCCGGGAUGACCUGUUGAUGUCGCGGUUCAAGAUCUCGUCCAUCGAAACGGGACACGAUAUUUGGUCGAAUCAUAUCUGUAAUGAGCAGUGUACUUGUUUCCUUUGAAAAUCGAUGUCAAGUUCCGUAAGCGGCAUGAAAAUGGAGGGGGUCCAGACAAGGAGAACCGCGAAGAAGCUACGCUGAGCUGCUCAAAAUGCCAUAUUCUCGAAUAUUUUCCCACAGUUAAGGUUUGAUUAAACAUCAGUGCGAAAAUGAAGGAGUAAAGGAUUUUUUUGUGGGUGGCCCUCUUCGUUUUUGUCUCGUCGCAGCCCCCCUCCUCUCCCUCUUUGCCUCUCUUCCUCUCUCGCUCUCCCUACCGCCGGCCCGGGCCAGCCGAGGACUCCCAAAUCCCGCGGCAGGCUGGCACACGGCGGGGCACCGUCAGCUCUCUUCCCCCAGCGUGUCCUCAGGUAGAGAGCCGCUGCUUGGUGGCUCCCUUCCCUCUGUAACCUCUUCUUCUCCUCCUCCUCUUCGGGCGAGACGUCGGCUCUGCUCGACUCCCACAAACCCCAUAGUGCUGGGCACAGCGUUAUGGCUCAGACGCUACAGAUGGCGAUCCCCAACUUUGGCAACAAUGUCCUGGAGUGUCUGAACGAGCAGCGUCUGCAGGGCCUCUACUGCGAUGUCUCUGUGGUGGUCAAGGGACAUUCCUUCAAGGCCCACCGAGCAGUGUUGGCAGCCAGCUCGUCGUACUUCCGCGACCUGUUCAAUGCUGGUGGCAAGAGCUCGGUAGUGGAGCUGCCAUCAGCCGUGCAGCCGCAGAGCUUCCAGCAGAUCCUGGCCUUCUGCUACACGGGCCGCUUGAGCAUGAACGUGGGCGACCAGUUCCUGCUCAUGUACACUGCAGGCUUUCUGCAGAUCCAGCAAAUUAUGGAGAAGGGCACGGAGUUUUUCCUCAAGGUCUCAUCUCCGAGCUGCGACUCGCAGGGUCUCCACACCGAGGAGACAGAGCCUCAGAGUCCUGUCACUCAGACAGGGGCUGUCAGUACCCCGAUUGCCACUACAGCUGCCAGGCCGUCCGCUUGUUUGACACCCCUACCCCUGAUGUCUAAAGUGAAGACAGAGCAGCUUGCUACCACACCUCAGUCUCAACAGGAGGGCUUCCCAUACUCGGUGGUCUGUAUCCCAGUAGCCAAACGACUAUGGGAGGGAGGGAAUGGCAGUGGUGCUUCCGGAGGCGGUAGCGGCGCACAAAGAAAGGCGGCACGCUAUUCAUCCUCGUCUUCCUCAUCUUCCUCACUCUCCUCCAAUGCUGCUACCCAGGAAUCCUCCGGACGGGGGGGUGCACUUACGUUACUGGCGGGAGGCACCACCACCCCUAACAACAACAGCAGCAGCAGUAAUAACAAUAAUAGUAACAACGGCGGUACCCCCGAAGGCACGAGUCCGGGCACACUCAGUCUGUACACCAGUGACUCGCCUAUCAGCUACCACGACGAUGAGGAAGAGGACGAGAUGGCGGAUGAGAGCGCCGAAGAGCAGUAUAGACAAAUCUGCAACAUUUAUACCAUGUAUAGCAUGCUCAACGCCAACACUCCAGUGCCAGGUGAGAAAGUUGAGGCACUGCCAGACACUGCACCAGACUCUGGGCGACGAGGUGGGCGCCCCCGGCAAGAGCUGGCAUCACUGCCAUCAGAACUCAUCAGCCAGAUUGGCAAUCGUUGCCACCCUAAGCUCUACGAGGAGGGCGACCCUGCAGAGAAACUGGAGCUGGUGAGCGGCACCUCCGUUUUCAUCUCGCGGGCACAGCUCAUGAACUGCCACGUCAGCGCCGGCACACGACAUAAGGUUCUGCUCAGGCGUCUGCUGGCUGCCUUCUUUGACAGGAGCACCUUGGCUAACAGUUGUGGCACCGGCAUUCGCUCGUCCACCAACGACCCAAGUCGCAAGCCGCUGGACAACCGAGUUCUGCACGCGGUUAAAUUCUACUGCCAGAAUUUUGCGCCCAGCUUCCGGGAGAGUGAGAUGAACGCCAUCGCUGCCGACAUGUGUACAAAUGCCCGCCGUGUGGUCCGCAAGAGCUGGAUACCCAAACUCAAACUCCUGAUGGCCGACAGCGAUGCGUACUCCUCUUUCCUGGCCGACAACGUUAAGGCAGAGGCUGACGGGCUGGGUGGCGAGCAAGGUUUCGACACCGCCUCAUUGGAGUUGGCAACCGGUGGAAACGACGGUGGAGCGACGCCAACAGAUGCUCUCCAGGACGGCGGAGGAGGUGGAGGAGGAGAUAGCAGCACUUUGUUUUGAGUGAGUUAAAGGACAGACAGAUGUUUGGAUAGACAGUAGGAGACAGUGUGGCCACUUUGUGUCCGCUUCUGAUGUUUUUCUUCCUUUUUAGCAUCACUUUUAUCCUGAUUUUUGCUGCUCUCUUGCAAACCUCAAACACAGCAUGUACCAUAAUUCCAGGGACAGGAAAUGAUCUUCUCCCAUCUGCGUGUAGUAUCAUCACGGUUCUUCUCCCACCAAAAUUGAUCCUUUAU